UUAGGGGUUUAGCAAUCCCCUCUUCAAACCCGCCCACACUCUUCUACCCUUCCAACGCAAAACACACGCAAUUCUCCCCUCCACCGCCUCCAUCUUUUCACCACGGUUUCCCGUCCAACCACCGGCGGUUUUUCUGCCGCCUUCUGCCGUUAGUGAUUUUCAGGUGAUAAUAAUAAUUUUCAAAGAUUAAUAUGCCGGGCGACAAGAAAAUUGUGCAAUCUGACUCAUUAGCCAAAAGAGACGAUCAAAAUCUGGGUUCAAGAAAAGAUGUCAUAGUUUCAGGUGUGUCCUCUUCAUCAUCAGGAGUUCAUGAUUCUUCUGCAAAAGGUGGUGUUGGCAAUGGAAACAAAGCAGUUUCAGAUCAAGGUGCUCACUAUUCAUCUACAAGCUGUUAUGAUUACCAGUAUCCAGGACACAAUGGAACAUAUAGUCAACUAGAUGUAUCUGGUCAAAUGAAUUCCAAUGGGGCUGUUUACUCUGAUAAUGGUUCACUUCUUUACUAUAUGCCAAGCUAUAAUCCUUAUGCUACUGGAGCUUAUAUGGGUGUUGAUGCACAACAACAACAACAACAACAACAACAUCAACAACAUCAACAACAACAACAACCCUACUUUUCUUCAUCAGAAGCCAUGCCAUGUUACUCAUCUUUUGGUGCAAAAUCUGUUACUGGAUCAAAUGGGAUGAAAGCAAAUGAUUUGAACUCCAAAAGAACCAUGAAUUUUUACACUGGAAAAUCUCUGAAUUACCCUUUGGACAUGAAGUCAAGCCAACAUUCCACACCUUCUGUUCCUAAGUCGAUCCUUCAGUCACAGCAUUUCAGAUCUCUCAACAAGUUGAAUUCUGCAUAUCAAUCUGGGGGUCUUCAAAAAGGGUACCAACAAUCUGGAAACUUCUCAUCAUUUUCUUACCCAAAUCAAGCUCUAUUUUCAAACUACUCAAUGAACUAUUCUUCUGGGGGUAGACUUUGGAAUGAAAACGAAAGAUACAAACCACGUGAAAAGUCAUACAACAAUGGAGAAUCUGAAGAACUUACACGUGGCCCAAGGGCACAAAGCGUAAAUUCACAUAUUGAGGAAGAAAAAGUUGGGUUCUCAUUGAGACGCGAUAAAUACAAUCUUGAAGAGUUUCAGACAAAGUAUGAUCAUGCAAAAUUCUAUGUCAUCAAAUCAUACAGUGAAGAUGAUGUUCACAAAAGCAUUAAAUAUGAUGUUUGGUCAAGUACACCAAAUGGAAACAAGAAGUUAGAUGCUGCUUAUCGUGAUGCUGAAGGAAAAACUAAUGUUUUUCUUUUCUUUUCUGUUAAUGGUAGUGGGCAAUUUGUCGGUGUUGCUGAAAUGAUUGGAUCAGUUGAUUAUGAAAAGAAUAUGGAUUUUUGGCAGCUUGAUAAAUGGAAUGGUUUUUUUCCAGUUAAAUGGCAUGUUGUGAAGGAUGUUCCUAACACGCUUUUGAGACACAUAAUUCUUGAAAACAAUGACAAUAGACCUGUUACAUACACUAGAGACACUCAAGAGGUUGGUUUAAAACAAGGUUUGGAGAUGCUUGAAAUUUUCAAAAGCUAUUCGGCGAAAACGUCUCUGUUAGAUGAUUUGAGCUUUUAUGAGAACAGGGAGAAGAUGCUUAAAGCAAAACGGAUUAGUAAAGCUGCUUUUCAAACAGAGAAUUUAAAAUCAGGAGAAAGCAAUGGGUUGAAGGAUCCGACAUCUUCUCUUAUAAAUCUUACACGGAAUCUGUCUAUUAAUUCUAACACACCAAAGUCCAGCAUUGGUGAUAAUAAAUCUGGAUCGUAGAAAUUGGAAUUGGUGUAGCUUGUAGGGUUUUAGGUAUUAUGGUUUUUAUUGAUUUUUACAUUGAAUGUCUUUUGUAGGGAUUGAGAUCACUUGUCUUUUGGUUGUUUUUGUCUGCUGUUUUUUUGAUGUGUUUUUGAGAUGUAAAAAUCAGGGUUUUCAUCUUCUUUUGGUUGAUUUGGGAUGGUAGUUGAAUGGCACAUAUGAUUGGACUUGCUUUA